ACAUCCGGUAAAAUAUAAACAAUACUUUCAGUGGUCUAAUAUACGGAUGAACAGUGUAGAAACACUGUUUAUUAUUUAAAGGAAUAAAUAAGACUGACACAGGAUGUCUGGCUUGUCAAGAGAUGUCCUAAAGUGGCUUCAGAGUCUAGAUCUUUCUAUCCAAAUGAGAAAUCCAAAAUGGUAAAUCAUAUUAGUAUCAUAAAUAUAAUAUUAUAUUAUAUUAAUUAAAUCAUAUGUGAGUGUGUCAUCACAAAAAAUUGAACAUUUUUUUAUCAUAAUCAUACAUAUAAAGCUUGAAAUUGACAGUGAUACUAAACUUUCUGUUGUGAUAGCGAUAGAUGCAUUCUGACAUAAGACUUCACUUUUAUUUAUUUAUAGUUUAAUAGUAAGUAAGUGUGUUCUGUUCUAGAUUUAAUUUUAAUUGUAAUUGUUACUUUUUUUAAUUUGAAUGUGAUUUAGAGGAGUCUGAGAAUUGCGUCGGCGUCAGAUAGUUCAAUAAUAGCGUCAGAUAGUCCAAUAAUAGCGUGAUAUACUUUAUGGACAGCCCCUUAUCUUAAUAAUAUCCUAAAUAUACAAAUUACUAAUAAUUUGUUAAAUUAAAUGUUUAAAAUAACCAAUAAGUUCAACUUUAAGCCAACUUAAGCCUUAACUUUAGUGUAGUGUAGUGCAGUCUCAUUUAUCAAAAUUUUCUUCAUUAAAUUACAGGCAAUAAAUUACAUAAUUGUUUUGGGUUCAUUUAGCCGUUGCUACACUUGGGUUUCUCAAGUCAAUGAGUAAUUAUUCUUUUAAUGCACAUGUCACAUGUCCUUGUGCAAUAAUUUUAAAAUUAAAACAUCCUAUUUCCUCCCUUUCUCAAGUUUUGAAAUGUUUCCUUCUACUUUUAAUAUUUUGGAGUAGACAUAAAAUAUGAGAAUCAGAAAGACUUGUAUUAAAAUUUUUUUGGAUAAUGUAAUUGUAACGUAGCAUUAAAUAAUGGACUUGCUUGUGCUGCACAAUGAAAGAGUCAUAUCAAUCCAUUAUAUGGAAUUUCACAAAUAAAUGAUUGAAAUAAGUAAAUUUGGAUUUUACCAUUCACUCUGUAAGCAUUUACUUCAUUACUUGCCAAUCUGUUUACUCAAACACAAAAGAGUUAUCUCUACCGUAUAAUACCAAACAUUCUUCAUUUUAUAUUUUCUUUGAAAGAUCCUAAGCAGGAGAAAUUAACACAAUACAAUAGAGUAGAACCCAGCUAUAAUGUGGUAAUUGGGGUCCAGAAAAUGUUAUAAUUUUAAUAGUAGGGUCAUGUUAAUUUGGGGUUUACAAUAUUUUUAUAUGACCUACCCAUGUUGCUAACCCAAUGUACAUAUACCACAUAGUCUCACAGAAGGCUUGAUUCCAUGCAAAUAGUGUUAGGAUAUUUACAACUAAAAAAGCGGGCAAUUCAUACCUUUCACUUAUUGCGUCUAGUAACACUGCCAAAGCCCAGCCCACAUGUUUGGUGACUUUUGAUUUUUGAUGCUUAUUAAUUUCAAAUUUUAGGAAUAUUAUUAUAAUCAAAUUAAUAUGUGAUCUCAUUCCCUAAAUGAAGUUGAAUUUUUUAAUGAUUUUUUCCAAAUACUUUUCAUGUGCAAAUUAAUAUGAUUUUGGGAGCCAAACCCGAAUAUGUCUUAUAGCUGAGAUUCACUGUAAUAAUAUAAAAUAGGCUCCCUGUUAUAGACUCAUAGUGAUCCAUUUUUAAUGGGGACAUUUUAAUAUUUUUUUACUGUUUAUUUACACAGGUUUUUUUUUAGAAGUAUUAAGGAUUGUGAAAAUCAUAAAUAUUUGUCAGUAGAUUUUAUUUCAUUUACUUACUGACUUUCUCUAACAUGUAUUAAUGCUAUUUCUCUUAUUUCUUUUUUUCAUUUUUUUUCACUAGGGACUUUUCAAAUGGCUACCUCAUAGCUGAAAUAUUUUCAUGGUACUUCCCUCAAGAUAUUCUUAUGCACUCUUUUUAUAAUGGAGAGUCUUUGGAACUUAAAAAAAGAAAUUGGUACCUUCUGAAAAAUGUAGGUAGAGGGAUAUUUGGUUUUUUUAUAAUGGCGAGUCCUUAGAACUAUAAAAAGAAAAGGGUACCUACCUACUGAAGAAAAGUAAGUAGGGGAAUAUUUUUUUUUACAAUGGAGAGUCCUUAGAACAUAAAUGAAAUUGGUACCUACUGAAAAUGUAAGUAAGGAAAAUUUGUAUUUAAUUUAAAGUGUAAUAUGAUUAUUUGUUAAUUAAAUGUCUAAUAACAUACAAUGACACAAUAAUAACUUUAAAAAAGAACAUUUUCAAAGCGUAAUAUUGUUAAUACAUGUUUCAAAAUAAAUUUUCCUUAAUAAAAUCUAAAUGCAGGAUAUUUUGUUUUAUUUUCAGUUCAUUCUGAAAAACAUGCUUGACCUGCAGAUGGAAGAUAUAGAUGGAACCAUCCACUGCCGGGAAGGUGCUGCAGUACAACUGAUAGAAAAUUUAUAUGAACUUCUCACAAACAGAAAGUAAAUUAUAGAGUGGAUAUAGAACUGCAAACUGCAAAUUUUCUUUUGUAGUGAUAAGACACACAUUAAAAUUAUUUAGAAUUUUUUUCCAGGCUACUAAGAUUUUGUCUUUUAAAACUCAUUCUACAAAAAAGUGAUUAUAACUGUACACUACACAUAUUUGAAUAUAUCAGUUUGAUAUACUUCACAUAUUUGUCAGUAUAAGUAUUUGACAACUUUAAUUUAACACACCAAUGGAUGGGACAUUUUCUGAACUCCUAUUGAGCUCUUUUGAAAAAUAAUUAGAAUAAAACAUCUUAUAAAAGCUUUUAAAAUGUGCUACAAAAUUUAAUUGUUUUUUGAGUUUCUCAAAUUUUAGCCUCAUUUGCUUUCAAACAUUAUUAUACAGAAUAAAGAAAUAUCAGUUAGAUACAGAAAAGGACUACACAGAUUAUGCCUAUCAACAAAGCCUCCCAUUGCAUGCGCGGUCCACUGCUGCUAAAGCACUUAAAAAUAAUCUAAGACUUACUGAAAUUCUUGCGGAUCAAAAUCUUAUAACUGCAGCUCAAAAGGUGAGUUAGGACUAAUGUGUAUAAUUUGAAUUAACAAUUUUUGAGAAUGGGGUGAUUUUGAUCUACCAUUUGAAAAACAAAAAGGGAUAUAAUAAAAAAUGGUUAAAUUUAUGGACUUGGCUUAUUUAAUUUAAAGCUGUGUUUGCUGUGCUGAUAAUACUGCAGUUGAGUGAGUGCUACUAAAUUAACAUAACUCAAGUUUCUAGCAAAACAUAGCCUUUUAAUGAACAUGGUUUUGCAAUACCCUGAGUGAUAUACUAUUUGGACAUUAUGAACAAAAAAUAAUUCAUUUUCUGUUUUCUAACUCUGAAAUACCUAUACAUUUAUUCAUGUUAGAGCAUAUGAACAUUUGUAACAGUCUUACAACAAGUUUUUAUUUCGCUAACAAAUGACCAUUAAUCCCUAUCUAGCCUUGCUGGGUUUCUGAGAGAACCGUUUUGAAGGUAAAGUGUUGCAUAAAUUAAACUCUUAAUGCUGCACGAGAAAUGUUGAUUCUUGUAUUUUCUACUUAGAAUUUUGCAAAAUUCUCUGUUUAUGCUACCUUGUUCAAGUAAUUUUCAGAGUGACUUAUGAAAACAGUUUAAUGAAAUCUAUUUUCGGAUUUCAAGAUUGGUCACAGAUGAAGUUUUAAAAAAAAUUGUAUUUUUGCUGAAUUUUAAUAUUUUAUGAUGGCAGAGUUUUUUUGUGUGUAAAUCUCAAAAUUUAAGAAUUAAAAAAAAAAGUAUGCAAUAUAUUUCAAUGAGAUAUUGAUGUUUAGUUUGAAUUUAUUUGUUAAAAUCCUACUAAAAAAAUAAUUAAUAAUUAAAUGUUAAAAAUUGACUGAUGAAAUUUUGUUUUCAGUCCUUUUAUGAAAAUCUAAAAAUUAAUUCCUAAAAAAUAGCUUUAUAAUCGAUAAACAUUAGAUGCAAAUGGGAAAAAAUAGUAAAUUGCAAAUGUUAUUUUUUCCAUACUUGUAUAAAAAAUAAUGUAAUUAUUAACAAUUUGCAGAGAUUUAUAAAAUAUUUGCAUUCUCUAUAAUAUAAAAUUAUAAAUAUGAGAAAUAAUAAAUUGUUAUCAUUAUUUCAAUGUUAAGGAUUCUGCAUGUGACCAUUCAUAUUGCCCACACACUAAUUGUGUUCCAUAUAUUUUGCACUAUUUAAUCCUCACAAAUUAAACAUAUUGUGGUGAUAAUGACUGAAAAUCUGUUUUUUAGUCUGCACAAAAUUUACUAAAUUCAUUACCCUCUUGCACAUGCAUGAUUUAAUAUGUAUUAUCCAUAAAUGUGAGUUCAUAAUAAACAGGUUCAUAAUAUUUAUUUUUUAAUUUGAAGAGCUUGGAAUCAGGGCUUUUAAACUCUAGUUUUAUAUUUGGCAACCUCUCAGUGUGGCUUGCAUAUCUGGCAAUACAACAUUAAAAUCGAAUUCUCUGUCAGCUCUUGCUUUUCCAAACCAUAAAUUAAUUCACUCACAAAGUAUGGCUGUGUGGGAAAAAUAAAGGCAACCUUAGCCACAAGAUUUAAUUUAAAUAUAUAAUAUUUUUAUAUAGUUAUAAAAUGUAUGCUUUGAUACAACACCCUAUUAUUACUCUCCUUAUCUAAGAGAUAUCGCAAUAAGCUUCACAGUGUAAAAUCCACAUCUUAGAGAUAUAGCAAUAAUCUUCACAGUGUAAAAUUGACCACUUUAUUCAUUUAUCACUGUCAGUUUGUUAUGUUAAUUUCUUCUCGUCUUCCAUUUCUGUUCAAUAGUCUUAAACAUUCAAGCAGAUUUCAGUCUAUCAUUCUGUUGCUGAUAUGUACUCUUGUAAUAUACUUUAUUUAUUAAAGUUAUCUUGUAAAGGGCACAGUUAAUUUAUAAAGAAAUAUGAUUUUUAUUUCAUCUUACAUCUGUAAAAAACCUAAUAAUCCAUUCAAGAUUUUUAUGUUUGUGAUAAUAUUCUACAAUAUUUAUUUUUCUUAUUCCUUUAAGGACUGUGACUCAUGCUGACUCAUGAAUUGUUAUCAUUGAUUCAGAGAAACCUUUUUUUAAAAAAAAGUGUAAAAUAAGUUAUUGUGAAAAUCAUCAACAUUGAUGCGCUAGACAAAAUGUCAGACUGUGAACCAAAUUGUUGAAUUUUGUUUAAAUUACAAUUUGAUGUGGUUUGUUCAGCUUUGUCUCAACACAAAUAUGCAAAUACUGUUAAAAGAAACUUAAUUAAUUUUGAGUUUUUAUCUAUUCUUUUUUAGUCUCAAAAGAUUAUCAAUGAACACAUCGAACACCGCCGCCAAGAGAGAAGAGAAUAUCCAAAAAGAUUUGGAAUUAAACCUACUCUUGGGGACCGGUGUCUGAGGAGAGCUGAACCAACAGAGAAAAUUCAAUCAGCACACAGUCAGACUAGCAAUCCAGCAGACAUGUUGUCAGAAUUGGGUAUGUGAUAUAAUAACGCCAAAGCAAUCAAUAACUUUUAAAAGAUUUACUGAAAUAAAUAUUCGUAGCCUAUUCUAAAUAAAUAAUAUUAUUGAAGUGCAUGAAAUUUUUAUCCCUGCUUUGAAAACUUUGUCAGUUUAUAAAAUAAUUAAAUAAUUAUAAUAAUAUAAACAAUACAGUAUAAUGCUUACUAAAUCAUGGCUAAGGGCGUCAACCGCAGAGGACCACUGAUCUCAGAGAUCUAUUUUUAGGGAUUGAUAAAUAGAAAUUUAAGAGGACUGCUUCAUCUGAAGGCAUAUUUAUGUCUCAUAAACACUGGGGGAUUGGAAGUUUUUAUACAAUUUUAAUCCACCUCUAGCUCAGUUUUAAAAAAAUCUAUAUUCACUGACAGACUAAUUAUAAUGGCCAGCCUAGUUGACCUCUGUAUUCCAUAUCAAGGUUUUUCACUCAUGGUUUUCUUCCCCCCACGCAAAAAAAAAUUUGCAUUAAUUAUGAGAUUUUUCCAUAUAGUAAUGUUUAAUGUACUUGUGAGGGUGACCUCGUGAUGUGCAUGCAUCUGCUACCACCUGUUAUUGAAGAAAACGACUGCCACAUUUUUUUUUCAAUCAGCAUUGGGCAAAAAGAAUAUUAUAUUUUAAAUUUAUAUGAUAUAUGUACAGAAAAUAUGAAUCAUGAAUAGUAUAUCAGCUCUAUUUUUCUUCAAAUAGUAAAAUUAUAAUAUCAUAAUCCAUAAAAUAUCUAAAGAUCAGGCACAAUGAUUCUGCUCUUUCAAUACAAUCUGCAGAAUGGAAACAGAUCUGGAUGAAAUAUCCAAGGAAAAUAAAUCCCUCUCUGACUUAGAGAUUUGUGGCCAGUUUUUAAAAAUAUUUUGCUGACAUUUGAAGUUUUAUUGAAAUUCUAUUUUUAAACUUUAAUUUUUUCUUAAUGUGGCAAAAUGAUUCACUUAAAUUUAUAUUCAUGGAGUUAAAUAAUUUUUCUUAUUAUUUCUACCUUUAUAAUUAAAAAAAAUACCUUUCUGGUAAUUGUUAUUUUUUUUAUUUCAUGUCUAUUUAAUUAAAUUGUAGCUAACACAUACACCUCCUUUAUAUGUGUAAGCUUAGUCAACUGUUUCUGCUACAACAUAUACUUGCAGUGAAUAUUUAUAUUUUCAGUAAAAAUGAUUACCAUAAAUUGUUUUCUUACAAAGACAUCUUAAUUAUGAGUUAUAUAUUCAUAUUUGGGCAUAUUUUUUACCAUUAAAAACAUAUUUUGUUUUUAUUUGUUUAUAAUAGACUUCCCCCAAGGGAACAAUUGUGUUAUUUAGUCAUUGGCCUACUUUACAUUUUUAAGUACUCACAUUAAAAAAACAACAAUUAUUAUUAAUUAUUCUAAAAGAAUAAAAAUUAAAUUUCAUUUCAUUGAUGAUUUUGUAAUCAAUCCGCUUCUCCAUUAUCAGAAGCUGAAACAAUGAGUGAAGGUGCCAUGACCAGGGAGCCAAGCAUUCACUAUAAAGAGGUAGAGGUCAAACAGAUGGACAAGUCCGCAUUUUACCAACUUCCUUUACAGAGUUAUUAAAGGAAUUUCUAAAUGUUUUUUUAUUUAGGAAAAAAUAUAUUAUAAAAAAUGAGCCAUAAAAAAACGAAAGAAGGUGUUUAUAAAAGUGUUACUACACCAUUUUAUGAAGUAAACUCUUUGACUCAGUUUUAGACAGUUUUUUAACUGCUUGCUUAGCUUCCUUUGGUUGCAAUAUUUGAUAACUUGAAAGUAUAUUUUUCACUGUUAAAUGAUUGGAUAAUGAUAAUUUUUGAAAUGCUAAUUUCAUCAAUUUGUAACACACCAAUCGUUCACUUCAUGAAGGCAGUGACCAUGUUUUAUUAAAGCAGUUCUACCAUGUUUUAUUAAAUAUUGAAGCAUUGUUUUCUCUUGAUGCCAUGGUGUGUCAAAUUUUUUUUUUUUUAACAACAGCUAAUUCUUGUUUUACCAAGACAUGGCUCUGGUAAACAUGCAUUAGUAAUAAAAACCCUUAAAUUAUCAUUCAGAUGCCCUUUAACAUGAAAGAGCCAUAUUGAUUGGCUGAAGGGUAUAGUGAGUGGCUCAUUCAUGUAAGAGUGAUGUAAGGAAUGAUUCUAACUGAAUAUGUUAACAAGUAAAUUUUGACUUUGCAUGACAGCUACAUGUCAAGCAACUGAAAAAAUCUUAAUAAAAAUUAAACUAAAAUUCACGGCAAUCUCAAAAUAUAAUGUAAAAGACAUUAAAUUGAAUUUAUAAUUUUUUGGGGGUCUUGUUUAGCUGCAGGCAAGUCGUUAGACAACUGAACUGCAUAGACAUUGCUGGAUCUUUGUAACUCUCUGAAGCUAUUUAAUUAUGAGUGAUUGCUAAUAUUUCUUGAUGGACACCUAUGAGCUAAAAAUCACUUCAGCAGCUUUGCAAAUGAUAACAUUUAGCUAUUUCAAUAUUAACUCAUCCAAUGCUGUAAAACAGAACAGAAGUUCCAUGUGAUGUUUUAGUCAUGUUGAAGUAGAUCAUGCUGUUCAUGUUUCAUUUGUUCCUUUAUUAUAUGCACCAUUUGGUUAAACAGACCAAUCCCUCUUCUUAUAUGUUAAUUUUCUUAGCAUACAAUAAUAUUGUGCCGUCAAACAUAAUUCCAUCAGAAUUAAAGAAAAACAGUAAAAAAAAUUUGUUUCAAUCACCACAAUGAUAUCAAUAAGUAAUUGCCAUAUUGCAACCGCACCAAUUGACAAAUUUAUUUGUGCAGAGUGUUUGUUGAUUAGUAGUACACAACUCACAAGAGCUAUUAAACCAUAUCUGUACCAUGUAUUUAUUGAAUUUAUUUCUGCUUGUAAGAGUUAGAACAUUACAUCUAGUAAAUACUUUAAGUUAUUUGUCAUAAUUUAACAUAAAAGUUUGGCUGGUAUCUAUCUGCCUUGUAACAGUGAACUUUCAAAGUGGCUAAAGAGAAAUUUUUUCA